AUGGGUCGUCUUCACUCCAAGGGAAAGGGCAUUGCGUCCUCCGCUCUCCCCUACAGCCGUGCUCCCCCGGCCUGGUUCAAGGCUUCCUCCGAGCAGGUUGUUGAGCAGAUCUGCAAGCUCGCCAAGAAGGGUGCCACCCCUUCCCAGAUCGGUGUUGUUCUCCGUGACAGCCACGGUGUUGCCCAGGUUAAGCACGUUACUGGUAACAAGAUCCUCCGUAUCUUGAAGUCCAACGGCCUUGCCCCCGAGCUCCCCGAGGACCUGUACCACCUCAUCAAGAAGGCCGUCGCCGUCCGCAAGCACCUUGAGCGCAACCGCAAGGACAAGGACAGCAAGUUCCGCCUGAUUCUCAUCGAGUCCCGUAUCCACCGUCUGUCCCGCUACUACAAGACCGUCGGUGUCCUCCCCCCCACCUGGCGCUACGAGUCCGCCACCGCCUCCACCCUCGUCGCUUAAGCGGUUUGUGUUUGGGUUGGUUCUGGUGUGGUGUGCAUGACUUCGCUGUGUCGUGGUUGGUUCUGUGUCUCUCUUUCCCUUGGCUGGCCUGGAAAGGGUUGUUGAGGUGUGAAUCUGGGAGAUAUAUUCUGGCUACCAUGGAAGUCAUAUAAAAUGGAAAAAGAUUUGACGACCAAUUUUGUUUGUUUCGUUGUAGUAGUUGUUGUAAACUGUCUUGAGGGUAGAUGUAGUUCUUAGACGUGACAACCCUAC